AAACAAAGAUUUUCCAAACCUUACGUCGCAAUGACCACGCAAAAAAACGGCCCAGCUAAGCUAUUGUCUCUACAGCAGCGCUUCAGGGAUAUACACCUGGUAAUAAUUGACGAAUUUAGCGUAAUAUCAUGUGGAAUGCUAUAUUGGAUAGACCAAAGAAUGCGAGAGAUAUGGCCUGAUCAGCGCGAGGUCCGAUUUGGUGGAAGAGAUGCCAUUUUCACGGGAGACAGUGCCCAGUUGGACCCUGUAACCCCUUACAGUCUAGCGACAUCCACAGAUAGAAUACGUGACAAUAUCCAGCGCAAAGGACGCGGAAUUUGGGAGGAAAUU